AUGUCUCUUGAUCCCUCAUAUGCCGCUGAUACAUCAGCGUUAAAAAGCCACAAAUUCACAAAAACUCAUAAAUCCGCGUUAUGCAUAAUUCCCCCGAUGACUCAUUGGCCACGAAUUCAAAAAAUUCGAGAAAUACAUGAUAAACAUUUCAAGCGAUGGACGCAACCACACAUCAAUCUACUUUACCCGAGCGCGACUAUUUGGUUGAGACCGAUAAGUGAACCGGUCAUUGGCGAAGUGGAGAAACUAGAACGAAGAUUAGUUUAUGGUUGGACAGACGAUGAUGAAAAAGUAGAAGAAAAUCAUAGUGAAGAAUUAGGAUUUCCGGAAUUUGAUGAUUUAAUAAAACUUGGUGGUGAUCAUGGAUUUGUUCCGCAUCUUUCAUUAGGUCAAUUUCCCGGAGAGGAAGCUGCAAAGAAAGCUAUAAAAUCCUUCGAGUCGGAAUUCUUGAAUGAUCCAAUUGAAUUUUUGGUUGAUCAUGUGUGUAUAAUUUCACGAGAAGGAUAUCAAGAUGAUUCCUUUAGGAUUGAAGAAAUUAUUUCGUUUGGUGUUGAUGGUGAUUAUUAA